CUAAUAAGAAGAAAGAAACACACACAUACUUGGGAAAACACUGAUCUGAUCAAAACCACAAAAAAAACAAUGGCAGCCUCACUACAAGCAGCUGCAACUCUUAUGCAACCAGCCAAGGUUGGUGUUCAAGGAAGAAGCACUAACCAGUUGAGGUCUGCUCUGAGUGUCAGCAAAGCCUUUGGCGUCGAACCGGGCACUUCCAGGCUCACUUGCUCCCUGCAGGCUGAUCUCAAGGACUUGGCUCAGAGGUGCUCUGAUGCUGCCAAAGUUGCUGGCUUUGCUCUUGCCACUUCUGCCCUUGUUGUCUCAGGAGCAAAUGCUGAAGGAGUUCCAAAACGGCUAACAUUCGAUGAGAUCCAGAGCAAGACUUACUUGGAAGUGAAGGGAUCUGGAACUGCUAACCAGUGCCCGACGAUUGAAGGGGGUGUUGACAGCUUUGCGUUCAAGCCAGGCAAAUACAAUGCGAAGAAGUUCUGUUUAGAGCCAACAUCAUUCACUGUGAAGGCUGAGGGUGUGAGCAAGAAUGCCCCGCCAGAAUUCCAAAACACCAAGCUGAUGACCCGUUUGACAUACACCCUGGAUGAGAUCGAGGGACCCUUUGAAGUCUCGCCUGAUGGCACAGUUAAGUUUGAGGAAAAGGAUGGGAUCGACUAUGCUGCUGUAACAGUUCAACUUCCUGGCGGUGAGCGUGUGCCCUUUCUCUUUACCAUCAAGCAGCUUGUUGCCACUGGAAAGCCAUCCAGCUUUAGUGGAGAGUUUCUAGUGCCAUCAUACAGGGGUUCAUCUUUCCUUGACCCAAAGGGAAGAGGUGGAUCUACUGGUUAUGACAAUGCAGUUGCAUUGCCUGCUGGUGGGAGAGGAGACGAGGAGGAACUCGAGAAGGAGAAUGUCAAAAAUGCUUCAUCUUCAACAGGAAAGAUUACCUUGAGUGUUACCCAGAGCAAGCCAGAGACCGGAGAGGUGAUUGGAGUGUUCGAGAGCGUUCAGCCAUCUGAUACUGAUUUGGGGGCAAAGGCUCCCAAGGAAGUGAAAAUCCAAGGGAUCUGGUAUGCCCAACUUGAGUCAUAAAUAUUUUAAAUAUCGAUGUAUCAAUUUCUUGUCUUGAGGUUUCUUGUAUCAAAUUUUCUGUGAUCCAUUAGAGAAGACUUGAAAUAUGAUUCCCUUGCCUGUAUACCAAGUAUUGCAGUUACUCA